GCUCGGCUCGGCGAGGCGUCUAGCGACGACGAAAAUAAGCCGGCCUCGCCCAUUACUGCGACGACCGCUUCCUCGCUACUCCUCAUCGCCCAUCUCCGGCCGCCUCCUCGACUCACGCCAUUUGCUUGAAUUCGUGGGUAUACGCGGACGAUUGGGUGGGAUCGAAGCGGUGAUGGCGGCCGGCGAGGAGCAGGGUGGCUGCGGGAGUCGUUGGACGGCGUCUACUAACUGGAUCCUCGCCGGAGGAUCUCUCCAGAACGCCAUCUCGUUCGAAACCUCCGAGGAGGACGCCCCCUCCCCUGAGAUUUCGGAUCCUCUUCUCCUCGCACGGCCUCCGGCCGUGGCGGAGGAGGACUUUCUCCCUUGCGAAGUCACCAUUCUUUUCAGUGGACAGUAUGAAAUACGUAGGAUAUAUGUGCGAAGUACUGCUCGAGUAUAUGAAAUAUACUAUGCUGCAGAUGAGAGGAGCAAUUCUAUGGAAUAUCUAUGCACGGUACGCUGUGAUGUUGCUGCUAAAGAAAUGACACCACCCAUUUCUUCCAUGGUUUCUGUUGAAAGUGAGAGUGUAAGUCAUACAAUUUUAGAAAAACAAGAUAAGAUGUCUGUUGCUUAUAGUAACUCUAGCAGUGAAGAUGGUUGGGUAGAAGUGGUCACUGAUUCUGCCUUGCAUGAUGUCAAAACAAAUUCCAUCUCCAGGCAAGUUGAUGAGAAUUCAGAUGCUGGCUUUCAGACAUAUUAUGAGGCAACAGCUGAUAUUUCGGAUUUCAAUCCUUGUAUGGCUGUUACACUUCGUUUUCUUUCACUUCAAACCAAGACUCGUGUACAUAUAUCAGAGAUUUAUGUAUAUGCUGAUCCUGUUGAAACCUCCAGUCCAGGCACUCCUGUCACCACGGAGGAAAAAAUUGGAGGAACUUCACUCCUGACCAUGUUUAUUCCAACUCUUUUGCAAUUAUCAAAAUCAGCAACGAGCAGACAAAAUCACUUCUCUGAUGCUUUUGGGGUUCAUAGGAACCAGGAUGGAAGGCAGGAUGUAGCUGAGGUUGCAAGCUCAGGAAUCACAUUGCCACUAGAAACAAAUUCUAGCAAGGCUGAUCUUUUACUUGGGGUUCAUGAAAGCAGUCAGUUCAAACCAGAAUUUUUUUCAUCUGCAUCGAACAUGGAGGUAACUGAUAAAGAGUCGGAUUCAUCCUUUGGAAAUAAAAAAAUGGAUCUAGUUCAUGAGAAGAGUGAUUUAAAACCAGAAAACAGGGAUUUGAGAUUCGAUCCAGAAAUAACAGAAGAUAUAGCAUCCUCAAGUAAGAUUCUGCCUGAAACCAAGAAAACACAUGAAAAUAUGCACUUUUCAGAUAGCAAGAUACAAAUUAAUCCUGAUCAAAUUUCCAUAUCUGCUAAAGAGAGAGUUAUAGUUGGUAAUCGUAUUGAAAUGGUUCUUGAUGAGCUUGUUUCAAGGGUCACGAGAAUAGAAGAAGUUUGUUCAAGAUUUGAGGAACAUUUGGUAAAACCACUUAGUUCUAUCGAGGGAAGACUUCAGAAACUGGAGACUAUGCUUGAAAAAUUCACUCAAGGAAAGCAGUGUCAUCGACCAGGUGGUUCGUCACGGAUAUUUUUGCCAGAAUGUUUUUCUGAUGGAUCUGACCUUGAAAACGAGGACACUAAUGAAUCUUCAUGCACAUCAAGGGAUGGUAUUAUUCUUCAUCAUUCAUCAUUAGCAGCUGAUGUCUUACAGAAUCCAUCACCCAUAGUUGAUGUCAGAGAAAUUGCAACUAAAUCUAAGGUUUCCCCAGGUUUUGAAAUCAAGGCUCCUGAAUUUGCCAUUGAAGACGAUGAGUGCUUACAAUGUGAUUCUAGCUUAGCAACUGAUGUGAAUUUUGGCGAAGCUAAGAAACUUUCGCCUAUAGACAAUGAUGAUGAUGAGUGUGGUAAAGAUGAUGUAGUUAAUGAGCUUGGUAGAGAUGAUGCUAGUUUACCUUGUAACGUGAGCUCUGGUGAAGGUAAGAAGUUUUUAUCAAUAGAUCAUGCAUUGGCUUCUUCUUUGGAAGCAUUUAUGUGCUCAGAACUCAAACCUACAGCGCGAGAACAUCAUAAUCUUUCUGCCAGUGAUAAGAACAGUUCCAGUUCUCCUGCUAGAGAUUUUUCAAUUGCAGCUGGCAAUUCCGGCAGGAGCUUAAAUGAAUUGGAAGAUGAAAUCGCUGCUCCUGACCCAUUGUCCUUUCCAGCCGCUUCUAAGAUGUUUGUCAACGAUUCAGGCAAGGAUAGCGGCCAUAGUACAUUCAGCAUAUUAGAGGUGUCUGAUGCUUUCCAUGACUUAUUUAUUCCUUGCGACACUUUGAUGUCUUCUUCACCUUUCUUGGAUGAUGGUCUAGAACUCAUGGCACCUGACUGGGGGAAUUUUGUUGCUAGCAAGGAGUGUCAGGGAUCUUUGCUUAAUGCUCAGGAUGAUGUCCGAGCAAAUCACGAUGGCCCAAGCUCGAGCCAAUUUGAUGCCAAUAGUGUGCAAGCUGUUAAUGGAACAACACACUUAGCUGCCAAUAGCACUGCCAGCGAAGUCAGUAUCAUUUUCAAUACUAAAGAUUCCAACCAAGCUCAAGAGACACCAGAGUUACCUUCAUCUUUUGAUCCUGUUAUGGAAAUGAACUUCAUUACAGAAAAAGACUGGACUAGUGGAAUUCCACUGGAAAUCUUACUGGGCGUGGCAUUGGAUAGUAAGGCUGAAGACUCUCUUGUUGCAGAUACUACUGAGGAAGGCAUAGUAGCCGAUCAACUUCUGGACGGCAUCGAUAACUUAUCGUUUCCGGCUGACAGUUCUUACUCAUACAAUGACGGCAUUGCAGAAUCAAAUCCUGAUGUAGAUCUUGAUGACUUCGGCAAGAAAAACUUCUCUAGUUUAAUAUAGACCAACAAAAAUAAAUUGUACAGCAAGUAACUGGAACUGGUUAUAGAAUUUCUAUAGCAUAGCAUGUAGUUAUUGGCAUCUCGCCAUAUUUCGUUUGC